CGCCGCCGUUGCCGCGCGGGUGUCGUUAAAGCGUCGUCUCCGCGUUGUGGCCGCCGCUGCUUGCCAAAACCGUGCUCUAGUGCUCACUGCUCGACGACGAAACGCCACCGCUUCGUUCAGUCGGUCAACGAAAGAGAAAGUGGCCGCACGUCGUUUGAACCGCACGCGGGCGACACACGCACACACUCCUCGCACACCUGUGACGAAGUACAAAUCGUUUAUUAUUAUUAUUAUAUUUUUUUUUUUCCCACUCGACGGUUUUUUUUUUUAACUACUCGUUUAAUCGUAUUUUUUUCUAAAGUUUUUUAUUUUGUCGGAUCCGUUGCUUAUUUUUGUUUCUCGCGUCCACGCGCCGAUCGGUUUCGCGUAGCCGAAUAUUUACGUUUGACACUUUUCGCGCGCAUUGUCUGAGAAAAAAAAAGUAAGCCGGUUUUUUUAUAUUCGUCCCAACGCGUACUAACUGUUGUAUUGGUAUCAUUCAAUUGUACGUUCUAUAUAACAGCCGUAUUAGAGUAAUGCGAGGUUUUUGAAUGGCUCCCCGGAGGAACGCUAUGGGUUUCAACGGCGUCGGACACUUUGCCGACCUGUUCGGUCCAUCGCCCAUCAUUGCCCACAACAACAACAACGGAGUGAAUAUGAAUAUCGGUUGCGGCACGUUGGAGCAACAGAACUUCAUUAUGAACACCACGUCCCAGGAUUGCGUUUGUUGCGUGCCCACCGGCGAUUGCCUGAUGCGCUCGUUGCCAGUCCGCCCGGACGAUUUUAGAGCCGGCGAGCUUUACGUCAAGGUAACGUGCGUGGGUGGUUGCGCCGCCGGACAGUACAUGCACCGAGAGUGCUACGACAACUGGGAUCGUUUGGUAACUGCGUACUUGAAGGGAGGUCAAACGUCCAGAGCCCCGUUGGACUUGUGGUCCAACAACAAUAACAAUAGUAUUAUCAACAACAACAAUAUUAUGGGUGGCAAGAAAGGCAUGGAUAUGGCCGUAAAGGCUAGCACUUGCCGUUGUGGCAGCGGUUUCCUAAAGAGAGACCAAGAUUGGCCCGCAGCCGUUCAAAUGUCCACUGUCCGUCGCCAGUCUUUGGUCGCGGUCGACCAAGAACGCUCGUCAUCGUCGAAAAAGAAGAAACGCCGCCAAAACCAACAACAAAAACAGCCAUCCUUCAUAGACUUCUCCAUCGGCGAGCUUCGCCUGAGAACAGGUAGCUUGUCCUCGAACGGUUCUAGUUCACCGCUAACCGGUAGCUCAAGCUCCACCAACAGCGUGUCGCCUGCCCAUUCUGGAUCGUUUGCCGCCACUGGUUCCAAGAGACGCGUCAAAGACGUUUUCGAAAGGCAGUCGUCCAUGAACGGUAACGGAAUAUUUUGCCGUCGCUUAGACUUCGGCACGUUCAACCGGCUUCCCCGGCACAUGCUCAACUCGUACCACGUAAAGAUUGAAGACGAAGGCAACCACGGUAACGACGAGACCAGGUCGUUCAUUUUGUCAUCACUAGCAGCUCAAAACCAAUCGCGUGUCAACUGUGUGCUGUGCUCGGAUGUCAUGCUGGUGUUUGAUCGAUAUCCUUUGGUCGACGGCACAUUCUUUCUUAGUCCCAAGCAGUACAGCAAAAACGCUGUGGAGGUGAAAAACGAAGGACGAGCUCUGUUCCUGAACGCGGUGUGCAUGAAGUGUUUAGAUGGUAAGGACGCCGACCGGAAACUGUGCUGCCGAUUCUGCUCGACUCAGUGGGACGGCACAUCUCUUAUCAUGGGCACCAUGUACUCUUAUGACGUAUUCGCCGCCAUGCCGUGUUGCAACGAACGCCUCAAGUGCAACAGUUGCCAGAAAGCUAUGAUGAUGCCGCACCAGCGGCUGAACUUUUACAGCGACUAUAGUCGCAAAGUGACUUGCCCUCACUGCUCGGUGGUGGACUACCACUUCGUAAAGCCGCUCGCUUUGUACUACACACGCCAGUGGCCAUAACAUACGGCCACGGUCCCGGCCUCUGUGGCCGGGGCCGGCGCCCGUCCUCAAACGACGGUCGCCGCCACCGCAAUCAACACUGCGGUAUUCCAGCAACAAGAAAUGCAACAGUUUCAGCAGCAGCCACAGCAACAGGCUGCCGCCCCUGACUACACGUCGGUGGCCAUCGAAAAACUGCUCCAUUCCAUUUGGGACACUAAAGUCACCGAUAUAAUGGACGCUAUCAACCAUUUGGGCUUAGUCUAAGCAACUGCACUGCAAGUAAUACACAUUCACACUCACACAGCAUUAUAUAUUUUUCCAAACCAAGACGUUUUUUUAUUUGUUUUAAAUUAAUUAUAAUUUAUUGUUUUCUAUAGCGUUAAGUAUUUGUUAACGCAUACAGCUUUGUUUCGUUUAAUUAAAAGUCCGAUGUUAUAGAAAUAGAUCGUCGAAAAAAGGAAAUAAAAAACAAAUAGUAAUCUUCUUUCUAAAAAUAAAUAAUAUCCAUAAAAAUUCUAGUCAGUUGCAUAAACAUUUAUAUACUGAUAACAUACUCUUGAUGCACGGCCGUUUAAGAAAAUUAUAAUUAGGCUUAUAAGUAUUUCUAGUAUUUAAUCCUUUUAUAGUAAUAGUAGACAUGUUAGCGUCUAAUCGUUUAUUGUCCUAGUAUUUUGCUCUCAAAAAAGAAUCUUGGUAGAGUAAUUAUUAUUUAUGCGUUUUUUUAGUGUGGUAUUGGAGAGUAAAGGAGUGGUGGGAUUUAAAUAUGCUGGUGUCGAUUUGUCGAUUUUCAGUAAUUUUUUUUCUUAGAACAACAGUACAACUUUUAAAUACGUAGAGUACAAUAAAUUAAAAAAAAAAAAAAAUAA